AUGUCCACGCCGGCUCCAGCUGGCGCCGCGAGCGUCAGCUUCGGCGAGGACGAUGUCAAGAAGCGCGUCGGGAAGAAGCUGCAGAAAAAGCGGCACGAACCAAAUACUCCCACCAUGGAAUUGCCUGAAAGGUUAAAGGAGGGCGACGAUAGCAGAGAGGAGGAUUUGGUCCCGACACAGGGCCCGCCUAUGUUCAUGAACAUGAACCAGUCCAUCUUCGGUCUCAUUGCCGCCGCCGGCUCCCGGGUCGACUUCCACGACCGCUUCGAGUCCAGCGACGAAGAGAGCGCUGACGAGGACGAACACAAUCGCCGUCACGGCGCCGAUAACCUGGACGGGGGAGACGACAAGGUCCACGGCAUCGGCCACCUCCUGCAUCGCAAACAGCGUCGGCAGAACGACUCUGACAUGUCAAAGACGACCGUCCUCAAGAAAGACUCCUCCGCCAAGACCGAGAAACACCGGCGCAAGAUCUCAGGCUCCAAGCUCCUCCGAUCGCUACCGGCGCUCCCCCGUCUGCCACGGCACAAAUCCAAAAAGGAGACCUCCAAGCUGGAACCUACAUCAGAGGAAGCUAGCGACACCUCCGAAGCCUCUCCGUCACAACCCGCCGAUGAUACAAGAGAAGACGACGACCGAGACGGUCACCGUCUGGCCCCCGUAAUGAGCAGGAUGCUCGAGGCAAAAGCCGAAAUGUCCGCGAGACCCAGCUUCGACGUCGACCGCCGCUCCAGCGACCAGCUCGCCGACAGCGACUCCGCUGGCUCCAACUCCAAUGCCUUGGCUCGCCGUCUGCAGGACAUCUUCGAGUUCGACCAUCCUGAAGCUGUCAUUGAGGAAUACCCUUGUUGGUUGCUCCAGAGCGUACUACUCCAGGGCUACAUGUACAUCACGGCAAAGCACAUUUGCUUUUACGCCUACCUCCCCAAGAAGGCGCACGAGGUCGUCAAGUCGGGCUAUCUAUCCAAGAGCGGCAAGCGCAAUCCAAAAUACAACCGCUACUGGUUCCGCCUCAAGGGCGAUGUUCUGGCCUACUACAAGGACCCCUCCAAUGUCUACUUCCCUAGCGGCCAGAUCGACCUCCGCUACGGUAUCUCGGCCAGCGUCAACGACAAGAAGGAUGGCCUCAACUUUACCGUCGUCACUCACCAUCGAACCUAUCAUUUCCGCGCUGAUAGCGCUCCCAGUGCCAAGGAAUGGGUCAAGAGUCUGCAGAGAGUCAUCUUCCGUUCACACAACGAGGGCGACAGCGUCAAGAUCUCGCUGCCCAUCGAGAAUGUCAUUGACAUUGAAGAUACCCAGAUGCUCGAGUUCGCCGACACGUGCAAGAUUCGCGUCAUUGACAAUGAUGAGACGUACGCCAUCGACGAGUACUUCUUUUCCUUUUUUAGCUUUGGCAAGGACGCCAUCAGCGUUCUCAAGAUUCUCAUUGAGGAUGCGUCCUCCAGCGCCAAGGAUGCGGCCCUUCUCAAGGCAGCAGCAGCGCAAGCGCAGGAGGAGCAGGAGAAGCAGCCAGUGCCGGCUUCGGCCCGCAGCUCCAUGAGCGCAAGUAGACGGAUCGCGCCGCCUAUGCUCAGGACGACCAAGCUGCCCAAUGCCGUCAAGGCGACGCUGUCGCCCAUGUCUCCCCAUAGCCCCUCGGCUCUCAGCCCGCGCGCCAGUAUGGAUGCUGCGCGAGCCAGUUUCGAUGCCUUUCGGGGUUUCCGCCGCCGGAGUCUGGAUCUGUCAACUAUCAUUCGGGAUUCCUCGCCUCGGCGCAGCUUUAGCGGCAAUCGGCGCUCGAUGAGCAGGAAUCGUCGCGAUGACUCUCGUCAUGCGCCGCACAAGCAAGGCUCCACUGACUCCUAUGUGCAGUCUUCUAUGGAAGACCCGAGCUAUUCUGGCAUGGUGGCAUCAUCGAACGAGGAUCCUUCAGCGAGCCAGAUCCUGCGUGGUAGCGACGUCUUCCAGAAUCCCACAGUACGACGAUCUGCCUCUGCCUCCCGCACGGAGCUCGAAAAGAACCAACGCCGCGAGAAUAGGAGCCCUCCGGCUUUGGCCGCGUACAGUGGACAACAUGCUGCAACGACUGGUUCCAUCAAUGACGGCGAUAAGCCCCCGGUGACCCCUACGCUGCAAAGCAUCAGCAAGAUGGGCACUUUCCCCUUGCAGCGUGUGGGCGCCUUCGCCCAGUAUCUCAACAGCACUAGUGGUAAGUUGGGCUCCAUGCUAGCAACGGAAUCUAUGGGCUACGUAGAAAAGGUGUCCGGCAUGUGGCGAGGCGGUCGGAAGCACUAUGAUGCUCCGCCCGAAAUCAAAACAGACGAUGAAGAUCUAUACGAGGAUGCAGAGGGCAAGAUCCAGACUUCCAUGGAUCGAUUCCGCGCACAUUUCGCGCUCCCCGAGACGGAGAAGCUUCAAGCGACCUAUUUCGGCUACAUCUUGCGUGUGUUGCCAUUGUACGGCAAGAUCUAUAUUAGUGACAAGUCCUUCUGCUUCCGCAGCUUGUUACCGGGAACGAGGACCAAGCUCAUUCUUCCCUUGAAAGACAUUGAAAACGUGGAUAAGGAGAAGGGAUUCCGAUUUGGCUACUCUGGCUUGGUGGUUGUCAUUCGCGGCCACGAGGAGGUCUUUUUCGAGUUUGGUCAGGCCGAGCUCAGAGACGAUUGCGCCGUGACGUUGCUGCAAAGCCUGGAGACGACGCGCUAUCUGAAAGAAUCGGGAGACCUGGACUUGGACGAGAAGGAAGAAGAGGAGAACGCCAUGGCCGAGCGCGACGCGUUGAAGGAGGCGCGCCAAGUCGAGGAAUUCCAUGAUCACGAACUCUGCCUGCCAAAGGACGGCCCAGGCGUCAACGAUGCUCCGACGAUCCUGUUCGACGACCCCAAAGCCUCGUUCCUCAACUUCAAGCCACCCCACUCGAUGAAGAUCACUUGCUUGACGAUCGGCUCCCGUGGUGAUGUUCAGCCAUACAUUGCCCUGUGCAAAGGCUUGAUCGCAGAAGGUCACAAGCCUCGGAUUGCUACUCACGCCGAGUUCAAGGACUGGAUCGAGGGCCACGGCAUCGAAUUCGCCAAGGUCGAUGGUGAUCCUGGUGAACUCAUGAGACUCUGCAUCGAAAACGGUACAUUCACCUGGGCCUUUUUGCGAGAGGCAAAUUCCAUGUUCCGUGGCUGGCUGGAUGAGUUACUCGUCUCGGCGUGGGAGGCUUGCCAAGGCUCUGAUCUUCUGAUCGAGAGCCCCAGUGCUAUGGCGGGCAUUCACAUUGCUGAGAAGCUCUCAAUUCCCUACUUCAGAGCCUUCACCAUGCCGUGGACCCGGACCAGAGCCUACCCUCAUGCAUUUGUUAUGCCCGAAUACAAGAUGGGUGGUGCGUACAAUUACAUGACGUACGUCAUGUUUGACAACAUCUUCUGGAAAGCCACGGCUCAUCAGGUCAACCGCUGGCGCAAUGUCACGCUCAAGUUGCCCAACACCAGCCUCGAGAAGAUGCAGCCCAACAAGGUUCCGUUCCUCUACAACUUCUCCGAGUACGUUGUCGCACCGCCUCUGGACUUUUCAGACUGGAUUCGCGUCACAGGUUACUGGUUCUUGGAGGAGGGUACGGAUUUCCAGCCGCCUCAAGAACUCGUCGACUUCAUUGCCAAGGCGAGAGCGGACGAGAAGAAGCUCGUGUACGUCGGCUUCGGAUCCAUCAUCGUGAACGACACCGCCAAGAUGACCCAAGAGGUCAUUGACGCAGUCCUCAAGGCCGACGUGCGCUGCAUCUUGUCCAAGGGUUGGUCGGAUCGCGUGGCCAAGCAGGGUGACGCGGAGAGCGCAAAGGACGAGCCAGUCAUCCCGCCCGAGAUUUUCGUUAUCAAGAGCGCGCCUCACGACUGGCUGUUCUCCCAGAUUGACGCCGCUGCUCACCAUGGCGGAUCCGGCACAACGGGUGCUAGCUUGCGGGCUGGUAUCCCGACCAUCAUCCGGCCAUUCUUUGGUGACCAGUUCUUCUUUGGAGGCAGAGUCGAGGACAUUGGCGUCGGCAUUUGCCUGAAGAAAUGGGGUGCCGUCUCUUUUGCCCGCGCGCUUUGGGAAGCUACGCACAACGACCGUAUGAUUGUCAAGGCUCGCGUGCUGGGUGAGCAGAUUCGCAGUGAACGUGGUGUGGAAAAUGCGAUCCAGUGCCUCUACCGCGACAUGGAGUACGCGACGAGCCUGAUCAAGAGAAAGGCGGGCAAACAUGUCCAUGCAGAAGAAGAUGAUGAGGAGGAGGCCGAGGAGAGCUGGACGUUUAUAGGAAACGACGAACCCGACCCAGAUGUAACGACUAAGAAGCUCUCCGAGAUGGAGGCAAUACCCGGCCUGCCGGGGGGCAAGCCUCCCGGAAAUAGGGUAAAGCGGGUCUCGCCCUCGCCCUCCCAACAGCUGGUGGCAUAG